UUAGGCAAGUUUAAAAAUAGCUAAAUAUUUGUUUACACUUCAAGUCGAUCAGUUAAGUGGUGGCAAAACAAGCAGAAAUUUAUUAAAGAUCUUAUAAUUCAAACAGAGUGUUUCAGCAGUGACAAGUAAUCGCAGUAGGUUUAGAUUUCAAAUGCGUCCCAUCAAGAAUGUUGUAGUAUAUUGUGGCGCACAUGAUGGAAAGCAUCCUGACUAUCUUCAAUCAGCAGAAGAUCUGGGCAAAGUUUUGCUUCAAGAAAAUAUCGGACUCGUUUAUGGUUCAGGAAAAGCUGGUUUGAUGGGAAGGGUAGCAAAAACCGUCCAUGAAGGUGGUGGAAAUGUCGUUGGGAUCAUCAGCAAGCACUUACAUGCUGAAGUACAUGACGGAUAUGGUGAAACUGUCAUCACAGAAACGAUGCAUGAACGAAAACAUAUGAUGGCUGAGAAGGUUGAUGCUUUUAUUGCGUUACCUGGUGGCUUUGGAACAAUGGAAGAACUACUCGAAAUUAUAACCUGGUACCAGUUAAACUUGCAUAAAAAACCAAUUGGAUUGUUGAACGUGAACAAUUAUUAUGAUAAAUUCCUGGAUUGGAUACAGAAUUCUAAAGAUGAAGGCUUCAUAUCACCAAGUAUUAACUUUUUCGUUUCCGACUCAAAUCCUAAAGAGCUGUUAAAGAAGAUGAAAGAAAAAGACAAUUCAGAGGAAAAGCUUUUACCUUCCCCUAAACCGUGUAAGAUUAAGAAGACGACGUAACAGUCGUAAAAAAGACGAGUGGAUGAUUCUCUAAAAGUUUUGAGUGGAACAUAACUCCUUUUCUGAUCUCCGGCUUUGUAAUGUAUGCCAUAUAUUUAUAUGGUAUUGCUAUUUUAGAAAAGUAAUAUAAACCGAAGCACUAUAGAA